GCCUAAGGAUAUCACUCGGCUUUGUUGUCUGCAAAAAGCGAAAUAUGGGAGGAGGAAAAUUCCACUGAUAUUCCUCUCUUCCCUUUUCUGCAAAAUACCCAAACCAAACCCUCUCCCGGACUCCAAACCUUGAAACCCUAAGACUGCCUUAAAUCUCCAAUAACCCGAGUCCGAUCCGCACUAUCGUCUAUCCCGAUCGAAUUUCUGGAUCGAUGAUGAACAUAUAUUAAGAGUACCCAAUUGUCCUUUGUCGCUCCUCCAUAAGUUCUCUUGCUCUAUGCUCUCUCCCGAUUAUUCGUCUUCUUCUUUCUGGGUAUUGCUUAAAUAUGGACGGGAACAAGGACGAUGCAUUGAAAUGCUUGAAAAUCGGGAAAGAAGCCAUGGAAGCAGGAGAUCGAGCUCGCGCCCUUAAAUUCUUCAUAAAAGCUCAGCGAUUGGACCCUCAUCUCCCCGUCGACGAUCUCUUGUCGGCUCUGGAAAAGGAUUCCGAGGAUCAAGCGGCGCAGAAUCCAUCUGAUUCAGGGAAGGAAGCAUCGGGGUCUCCUGAAUCUAAGCCAUCCGAUCACCCUUCGCUUCGCAAAAGAGGUUCUUCAUCGGUUGGUUCAUCAGCUUCGACGCCGUCGUCAUCUACGGCGUCAUACACUGAGGAGCAGAUCGCGAUCGUGAGGCAGAUUAAGAAGAAGAAAGAUUAUUACGAGAUUUUGGGACUGGAGAAGAGUUGUUCUGUGGAAGACGUGAGGAAAGCUUAUCGCAAGCUGUCGUUGAAGGUCCAUCCCGACAAGAACAAUGCCCCGGGCGCCGAAGAGGCGUUCAAGUCAGUGUCCAAGGCUUUUCAGUGCCUGAGCAACGAGGAAAGCAGAAAGAAGUACGACAUUAGCGGCUCCGAUGAGCCCGUCUACGAGAGACGCCCAGCCACAAGGAAUGGAUUCAACGGUUAUUACGAAGCCGAGUUUGACGCCGAUGAGAUAUUCAGGAACUUCUUUUUCGGAGGAAUGCCACCGGCGACUACCCAAUUCCGUACCUUCAAUUUUGGGACUGGAAUGGGACAUAGGACUGGCGACCAUGGGUCUGCUCAUGGCUUCAACCUCCGUUCGCUGAUUCAAUUGCUGCCUGUGCUGCUGAUAUUACUCUUAAACUUCCUUCCCUCUUCCGAGCCCAUCUAUUCUCUAUCAAGGUCGUAUCCCUACGAGUACAAGAUAACUACACAGAAGGGUGUCAAUUAUUAUGUGAAGUCUGCUAAAUUUGAGCAGGAUUACCCUCCGAAUACUCUGGAUCGCGCAAGGAUUGAGGAGCGUGUUGAAAAUGAUUAUUUCUCUGUUCUUACUCAGAAUUGUCGGUUUGAGUUGCAGCGACAACAGUGGGGUUUUAUUCGUGAGACGCCACAUUGCGAUAUGUUGCGGCAGUUUAAGGCCGCAGCUGCUUCUUGAGGCCUUGCACCAGAUUGUUUGCCUGAGGCAACUAGUACAGUAGAACAUUAAGGAUAUUUCUGAUAUAUGGAGCACCCUGAAGUUUAUGACACGGAUAUACCUUGCAAAUUUGCGUCGGAUAGGUAUAGGGCCUAUAUACAUAUAGCACACUCCAGAGUUUAUGUUUGUUCUUUCUUUGGAUGAAAAAUAGGAUGUAUCCAGCAAACUCUAUGCAGUAUUAAUUACUAAGGAUAUGUAUGCUCUUGUUUGUUACAUGUGAGGGACAAUCUUAAGCUUGAUCACAAACCUGGGAUCAGACUGACCUAGUUUUCACAACAUUAUUAGUGCGGAAAACCAGUGAAUGACACUCUGCAGUUUGGAAAUUCUUGUAAUCAUUUUGGAUGAUUUCUAAGGUUUCGGAAUGAUUUGUGA